AGUAUGAUGUGCGCUUGCAGCACUUUUGAAUGUAAUGAAAUCAUCGUCGUGCCUAUUUUUUUGAUAUUUUUCCUGAUGCUCCUGAUAGACCAGACAUUUCGGAGCACUGCGAAACAUCCAUCCACGUUUUUAUGCAUUGUACUCAAGCGCGUUAUCAGAGCGUUUCUAAUCAGUCUGCUGUGGAUUGUAGCUGUGUUGAUUUUCACAGACUGGUAUGGUUGCUGUAAAACUGAUGAAAACACGAGUAAGCUGUUCUGUGAACUUGGGAUCCACACCACUGAAGAAGAAGCUCAAAAAACUGAAGUGCAAAUCAAAUCAAAGCUUGCUGGUUACUCUCUGCUCCUCAGCAUGACUGUGGUCGCUUUCUUCAUGACUUGGAGUGGGUGGAGGAAUUGGUUUAUAAAAAAAUUCAGUUGGUGCAACAAGAAAACGUUUUACUACAAACUGAUUUUGGAAGAAGAGAAAAAAGUUCUGGAGGAGCUUUUGAGGAAAGAAGCAAAUGAAACUCUGACUAAAGAAAUCACGAGCAACAUAAAAAGGAAAGACUGGGACGGCUGUUUAAAUGUUGCUCAACAAAUGAUCAAUAAAGCAAAACAUCAAAAACCAGAAGCGACCAACCAGCAGAUCAACUGGAUCAGUGAGGGGAGCUCCAGCAGAGGGGGACAGCAUCAUCAAGCAGCAGCACAUCAGGAGGCACAAAACUAUGAACUUGAAGCAGUGGCACGAGAAAACAAAGACACCGUGCCGUUAUUUGGCGAAUCCGCCUGAAAGAACAUCAAGUGAUGCAGCUCCAGAAACAUCGCAAGUGACCACAGACAGGUUAUACAUCUUGUCAGGCGACGUGAGGUCUAGAGAGAGAGAGUCGGAUAAAAGUUCUUAAUAUCCAGCCUUAUGUGAUUAUAAAUGGAUUGGGAUGAAUCUGCAAAAGGUUUUGUAAAGGGAAGCAGGAGACUGUUGUUGUAGAGAGGACUGAUGAGACUGAAGCUGUUCAGUUGCAAACAGAGAGUUCAGUUUAAAACAAGACAAGAAAAAAGAAGAAAAAAAGUUCAAAUGUUCUGUUCUAAAUCUGUUGUGUUCUACUAAUUAAUUCAAGAAUUGGAAAAGACAUAUUUUGUUUUUGUUUUUAAAUCCUAUGCCAACUCUUUUUAGCUUUGUAAAUAUUGGCUAUAUUGUAUGGAUAACUCUUCUUUUAUUUUUACUUUAUUUUGCAAAUUUAUUUAAAUUAGGCUAUCCUCGGAUAAAUGUUAUUUUGUUGGUUCUAAAGAUCUGUCAUGAUCCAGCGUUUUAAGUUUGAGUUUAUUUUGUUCAUUAGGUUAUCUAAGUUCAUUUGUUUAUUAGAUUCCCCUUGUGUAUCC